CACACACUUGGCAAGUAAUCGCACAUUCUGUCGAGCAGAUCGAAAAGAGGUCUUGUUUGCGAUCGUGACACUUGCAUACAUUUUUAAGGAAGUUCAGACUCGGAGAUCUUGUUCCUGUAAAGUCUGUGAGCAACAAGGGAAGGAAACAUAGAAGAGCGUCUUCUAUUGCUGCUUCUGUUCCACUGAUAUACACAUUAGGGAAAAUAGUAUAAUUUUAUAUCAAAUUGUUUUAAGCAUUUUUAAAACAUAUAUAAGUAAUUUUCAAGUAGAGUUCAAGAAAGUGAUAUUUAAGAAAAAAAGAAAAUAUGUUCAACAAAGAGUAGGCCAUUUGGGGAAAGUGCACAUAUUGUUGGGUUUGAAUCGGAUGGUGUGCAAAGGUUGGAUAGGAUUAGUCUCUUUAAAGCUCAUUAGCAAAAUAAAGUUGGACUAAACUGUUACGUUACACGUUGUACAGUAGAUGGCAGCAAAUAGCAAUAAAUAAAAUCAACACACUCCACAAGCGCAAUCUCUAAUGAAAGACUGAAGUUUGGUACAAUAUCAACAAAACACCUGAACACAUGAAACUCCACAAAACAAAUAACGUUUAGAAAAUGUGGAACGUAAAACCUGACAAAGCGCAAGGCUUCAGAUGAAGACAUCAGGAAACAUUAUUUAGAAAAACCGUGUAAACAGAUCAACGUAACAGAUACACAUUUGAUUAUCACAUUAAACGAACUACAGAUUCGUGAAGCCUGUUUAAGGAUAAACAAAAUCUAUUGGAGUUUACAUUCAGUCACUAAGGACUGCCAGAAAAAGUAAAACCCUCAAAAGUCAAGAACGUUUCAGAAUCGGCACACCGAAGCCAAAGGAGUCAACUGGGGCUCAUCUAUUCCUAACAAUCUACACAACCUCUGCAUUGAACUGUGUACUAAACAGCCAUGUUAUAAACUUAAAACUAUAAAACCAUAAACUUUAAAUAAACUAUUAACUUAAAAGAACACACAGAGAACGCGUUUUUUUGCUGGAUCGAAUCACUUUGUAGCCUAUUAAGAUGAUAUUUUAACACAGGAUAAUUGAGCCAUUGACAUUUAAUUUGCUAUAAAAAUAAAAAUGUGAUGCUUUUUGCACUUAUAUAUUUUACCAAUGAGUUCUAAAGUGCGUCUCCGUGGAGAUCAAAAUAGUCUAAGCAGGGAGGAGUUACAACAUGGUGAAGAGUACGAGAGUUUAUGCCCCGACCCGGCCUGACGUCACGAUGUACGUAGUGUAAGACACCGUGUGUAGGCAGGAGUCGGGUAUAACUAUACAGAAUUGCGAGUGGGGAUGUGCGGAGAAACAGCUCGUGUCUUUCUGGUGGUUCAAUCGUGAAAGGACCAGAAUUUCAUAGAGUUCGGUGGGAACUGCAGCUUUGUACAGGAGAGACUUUAUAAACGGAAAGUUUUCGGCGUCUGUUUCAUUCCAAAGGAGCGAACUAACGUACUUGCGGGAUAGAAAUGCCACUAAUACCGCUUUGUGUGUUUUCUCUAUUGCUGGUGAAAGGUGUGUCUGGUGUUGAAGUGAAGUCAGUGUCAGUGACGGAGGGAGAUUCUCUCACUCUACACACUCAUCUUCCUGGCGUACAGGCAGACAUUCAGAUACUUUGGCUGUAUGGACCUCAAGAGAUCCGCAUAGCUGAAAUUCGUGAACAGAAACCCAUGACAUACGUUGAAACUGGAAGAUAUGGAGACAGACUGAAGCUGGACAAUCAGACUGGAUCUCUCACCAUCACAAACAUCACAAUCACAGACUCUGGACUUUAUAAACUAGAGAUCAUCAACAGCAAGGAAACGUCAGAAAAGAAAUUCAAUGUUACCGUCUACGAUCGUCUGUCUGUUCCUGUCAUCAUCAGAAACUCUUCUCAAUGUUCUUCAUCAUCAGAAAGAUCUUCAAAUUGUUCCUUUCUGUGUUCAGUGAUGAAUGUGACAUGUGUGAGUCUCUCCUGGUACAAAGGAAAGAGUUUAUUGUCCAGCAUCAGUGUGUCUGAUCUCAACAUCAGACUCUCUCUACCUCUGGAGGUGGAAUAUCAGGACACAAACACAUACAGAUGUGUCGUCAACAAUCCCAUCACAAACCACACACAACAUCUCAACAUCACUGAUGUCUGUCAGACAUGUCCAGGUUUACACCAUACUGACUUGGUUGUCAUCAUAGCAGUUAUUGUUUUCAUUCUAAUAGCAGCAGCUGGUUUGGUCAAGCACAGGAUUGUAGCAGUCAAACACUGUCGGAUCAAUAGACAAGAACCACAGGAAUUCCAUGAAGAAGAGGUGAUAUCCUUGAAUCACUUGAACAAUGAUAUGGGACCCAACAGUGAUGAAUUUUCUGCACCAGCAGUUUCAAAUGGAGUUUGACAGUGCCCUCCAUAUUGUUUGGGACGUUUGUUUCUCAAGCAGUCAUUGCUUGUAGGACAGUGUG